AAGGUGUCGAGAAUUCAGAGGAAGAAGUAUAAUCAUUGAGAGCGAUGGUGAAAAUCUCACUUGGUGGAUACGAUGAUGGGGAAGGACCCAGCAACCGAACUCAUAAGCGGCGCAGGGAAGAUGAUGAUGACGACGACGAAGAAGAGCAACAACAACAACGAAGCUUUGAGAUGGUGGACCCUUCAAUAGGAACUCAAGAGAACGAAGAUCACGCUGCUCCAUCCAAUGAUGGAUCGAAUUCUAACGGAAAUGGGGCUGGAACCAGUACCCGGGAUAGGUCCGUUCCUAUCUUCGUUUCCGACCCUGAUGUCCUUGAUUGCUGCAUUUGCUAUGAACCCUUGACUUCCCCUGUGUUCCAGUGUGAGAAUGGACAUAUUGCUUGCUCUAUUUGCUGUGUGAGACUCAGUAACAAGUGUCCCAUGUGUUCAAUGCCCAUUGGGUAUAACCGUUGCCGGGCUAUUGAGAAGGUCUUGGAGUGUAUUAAAAUGUCAUGCCCGAAUGCAAAUUAUGGCUGCAAAGAGACACUUAGUUACAGCAAGAAAAACGAACAUGAGAAGGAAUGCAUCUAUCUGCCAUGCUCAUGCCCUUUUACUGGUUGUGAUUUUGUUGCCUCAUCCAAGGAGUUAUUCCUCCACUUUAGCCAUAGACAUGUAGGCUCUGGAACACAGUUUACAUAUGAUAAAUUUUUCACUGUCUUCUUAAGUAUUAACCAGAGAACAGUUGUUCUUAAAGAGAAAAGUGAUGGUAAUCUGUUCGUUGUUCACAAUAACCUCGAGCAUCUGGGGAACAUAGUCCGCAUUAGCUGCAUUGGUCCCAAGUCCACGACAGAGUUUCAGUAUGAAGUCUUGGCUAGGCAUCAAGGAAACGCUUUGAUUCUACAAUCUUUUACCAAGAUUGUGCAAGGGCAAUAUACUGAUGCUCCAUCUAGUACGUUCCUUUUGAUUCCGUCUUGUUUGUUUGGCUCUCCACAUCUGAAACUGGAUAUUCGCAUAAAGUCACACCAUUAAACCUUGGAAGAAGAUUGAUGGAGGCUGUGCUUUCGUUUAUUGCUGUAUGUACUGGUUAUCAAAUAGUUUAUUCCAUGCAUCUCAGUUGACUUUUGUUAAGAAGGUUGCAGUCAUUAAGUAGGAAACUAAAGAACGUUUUUAUGCAUGCAUAUCCUACAAAUAUGAAGUAUGCUUAAACUCUAUUAUUACAUAUGGAUUUGUUCGUGUCUUAAAAUACACAAAAUGUGUUAAAAUGCAACAGUUGUUGUUGGUAAAGUUUUUGUUCACAGUCACAGUGCGCAGAGCUUUUCAUUGGAUUAUAGUGGGUAUUGUGGUAACGAAAUGUACUUUAUACCUUCGGCAUUC